CUGUAAAAUGAAUAAUCAAUCUUUGUUAACAAGCAACUUUAUCCUUUUCUCUGUUUCUUCCUUCCAGAGAAGGGUUUUUGCAGGGUUUACUUUUUCUUAUCCUCAAACAACAAUAACAAUGGGUUCUUUGGAGAAUAUUGGAACAACACCACCACCAUCCAAAUCAGAAGAAGAAGAAGAGGAACCAAUACUUAUGAAACAAACACAAAGAUUCUGUAUGUUCCCCAUUCGCUACAAACAACUUUGGGAGAUGUACAAAAAGGCUGAAGCCAGUUUCUGGACCGCCGAAGAGGUCGAUCUUUCCUGUGAUGUACAACAUUGGGCUACUUUGACCGACUCUGAGAAGCACUUCAUAUCACAUGUCCUUGCUUUUUUUGCUACAUCUGAUGGAAUUGUGUUAGAGAAUUUGGCUGCAAGGUUUCUGAAUGAUGUUCAAAUUCCGGAGGCUCGGGCAUUCUAUGGGUUUCAGAUAGCAAUCGAGAAUAUUCAUUCUGAGAUGUAUAGCUUGCUGUUGGAGACGUAUAUUAAAGAUGCAAGAGAGAAGCAUAAAUUAUUCAAUGCAAUUGAUAAUCUUCCUUGUGUUGCAAGGAAGGCUGAAUGGGCAUUGAGUUGGAUUAACAGUUCCACUUCAUUUGCGGAGAGACUUGUUGGUUUUGCAUGUGUCGAAGGGAUAUUUUUCUCAGGAAGCUUCUGUGCCAUAUUCUGGCUUAAAAAGAGAGGAUUAAUGCCAGGUCUGACAUUCUCAAAUGAACUAAUCUCUAGAGACGAGGGUCUUCACUGUGAUUUUGCUUGCAUGCUAUACAGCUUGUUACUGAGACCGCUAGACUCCGAGCGGGUUCGUAAUAUUGUACAUGAAGCUGUUGAAAUUGAAACUGAGUUUGUCUGUGAUGCACUCCCUUGUGCAUUGAUUGGCAUGAACGCAACACUUAUGAGCCAGUACAUAAAAUUUGUUGCUGACAGGCUAUUGGUUUCCUUGGGGUGCACAAAAAUUUACAACGUGGAAAAUCCCUUCGAUUGGAUGGAAUUUAUUUCUCUGCAAGGAAAGACCAACUUUUUUGAGAGAAGGGUGGGGGAUUAUCAGAAGGCGUCUGUCAUGUCAAGCCUCCAAGAUGCCGGGAAGAACUUUGUUUUCAAGAUUGAUGAGGACUUCUAAUCUUGAUUAUUGUUAGUUAAGUUACAGCAUCAAGUAUUAUUAUCAAUUAGCCUACAUAUAGGUAAUUAUUCUAAGCAGGUAUUAUCAAUUAGGGCAUAUGUAUAAUAUUUUUUGUUCUGUUGUUUCAAUGGCAUUGUAAUGUUUUUAUGGCUGCAAAAAUGGCCAAAUUACUCUAUGUUUUAAAACAUUCGUGCAACGUGUUGGUCAAAAUCAAUAUACAGUAAUCUCUAUAGUA